GAUUUCACGACACCAAAGACGCCUCUCCAUUGCCCACCUGUUCCACCACUUUAGGGACCUCCUGCACGAAUCUCCGUCCCGGCACGGCUCCUCCUGACCGUCUCCCUUCGAGCUCCGAUCCACGACAUCAUCCAAGCCGACAACACUUCAUCCACGAACCGUCAAGUAUCGCAUCCGAGACCCUCUACAGCCUGCUGCAGGCCGGUUCUAUUCCUCUGAACCGCAGAAAGUCGCCAGCAUCGGCGGCACUUUGGCCUCGUCCAGCGCGAAAGCGACGAGGCCUGGAUAGCACACCAUGGGCGACGACCGCAAAGACGAUGAGGCCACCAUAAAGGUCGCUUCAAAAAAGAACCAUUCCUCAGGAAAAGCCAAGGCUGGCGCCUUCAAACUGAAGGACAGGUUUCCGAAGAUCAAGGAACCCGGCGAUUAUGAGAGAGGCCACGUAGUGGAAGGUCUGUACCAGAAAAAAUCCAAGGCCAGUGCUGCCACGAAUCGCGUACCGUCGCCGGGCCCUGCCGUCAACCAUCUCGACGACCUCCCGCACGAGACUUUUACCAAAGGCAUACCGUUAGCCGACUUCCCAACGUUGACCUCUUGCAGGUGGUGCAAGAAGAGUGUCCUGAUGACGACCGCGGUGGACCAUAUCAACGGGUGUUUGAGGAUUAAGAAGGAGAAGGCCAACCGCAAGAAGGCUGCCCGGGAAGCCCGCGAGCGCGCCAAGGAGCAGGCAGCGCGCAAGG